UAUUUGUCGGCAGUGGAACGCAUACAUGUCUGGUAAAAAAAGUCCUUUGUCGGAGUACUCAGCCCUGAACCACAAAGAGCAGUUGAAGUUGAAUGAAUGAAUAUGUUGCAAUGAAUUUAAGCAACGAGGUCAAGAUUUUCUUUCCCUGCUUUCGUUUUUGAUUAAAGACAGUGAUGUACGAGCAGCACCUAAAAACUGCCGUUUCAUAACUUUUCCAAGAGGAAGUGGUAUGAGGCUAAAAAAGGGGUAAAGCAACUCAAAAGUGAGAAACCUUUGCAGUUGAGCAUCAUCCCUGGGGACCUGACCAUCAGUAACCUGUCUCUAGCAUUACAUAUUUACAGCAGGAAAGAUCAACUGUGCCAAAUGGAGCCUGUGGAACACAGGGUGAGUGAAAUUACUUGGGAGAUUGUCACGAUGAUACCUGAAAAGCCACCGCUCCAAUUAAUUUGGGACUAUUUGAGGACAAACCACAAAGAAAUGCUACGUUCACCUCUCUUUCCCAUUGUGGUCUCGGUGUCCACAUACUUCAUUACGUGUCUCUUCUACACAACUCUGGAUGGACUUUCCACAUUGGUUCCAGCAUUGAACCGCUACAGAAUACACCCAGACCAGCCUAUUAAGCUCAGUGGGGUCCUGAAGGCAGUGAUGCUCACCCUAUACAACCAUCUAGUGUUUGUCUUCCCAGCAUCAGUUGCCCAGUGGUAUUGGAGGCCACCGCUACCCUUGGAAGAAAGGGCACCCACCGCACUGGAGUUCACCCUCGGCAUACUGGGAUGUAUCCUCUUGUUUGACUUCCAAUACUACCUCUGGCAUUUGGCCCACCACAGAUCACAGUGGCUGUACGUUACCUUCCAUGCAAUCCAUCAUGAAUACUCUAAGCCCUUCUGCUGGGUCACCCAGUACAUGUCAGCUUGGGAACUGGCCAGUGUAGGAUUCUGGACUACAGUUGACCCGGUCCUUCUUCACUGCCACCAUCUUACCAGUACUGUUUUCAUGGUCUUCAACAUCUGGAUCUCUGUGGAUGCCCACAGUGGCUACGACUUCCCUUGGUCACUCCAGAACCUGAUCCCCUUUGGGCUGUGGGGGGGCUCUGUGAAACACGACGCUCACCACCGCUGUCCCACCACUCACUUCCAGCCCUACUUCUCCCACUGGGAUUGGCUCUGUGGUACAAAUUCUGGAAAUUUCAAGUCAUCAGCCAUUGCAAGAAAAAGGAAAAGAGACGCUUAAGGAUGUCUGCAGGCAAUAUUAAAAAGCUGCCAUCACCAGAUUUUGAACUCAGUUGCUUAGCUGUAUACUUCCGCCUGUUGUAAUGUAAGUAGUAAGAAGAUAUUAUUCAUUAUUAUUCAUAAUAACCUUAAUUAACCUUAACCUUAAUUCUGCCUAUCAAUGACAUCUUUUAAAACUGGACUAUUUUAGUUUUUUGCGUUUUUAAUUUAAAUUUUUGUGUUGCAUUUUGUUUUUUUUCAGUUGCUGUUUAUUCUAUGUUAAAUGUACCAUUUCAGCAUGUGUAUUUGAUAUGUUAAUGUUAUAUGAAAAUCACAAGGCAGCUUGCCUGCACGGAGUGUCAAA